CAGGUGUUUGCGUAUUUUUGUCGGUGGAGGAGGCACCUCGAGUGAUAAUACUACAGGUAAAAGUACGGAUUUCUAGAACACUUUUGUCAGUGGGGUUUAACGUACCUAUCAAGUAUCUACAAUGACAACAAUGAUGGCACAGUUGGGUGCCAUAGCCUCAAUAAUCUGUGCAAUUGGAGGUGCAGCUCUCUUCUCUUCUGUGCACAAGAUUGAGGAGGGACACACUGGAGUUUACUACAGAGGAGGAGCUCUCCUGACCACCACCAGUAGCCCUGGCUUCCACCUCAUGAUGCCUUUCAUCACUAAUUUCAAGUCUGUGCAGACCACUCUACAGACAGAUGAAGUGAAGAAUGUACCGUGUGGAACAGGUGGUGGAGUGAUGAUUUACUUUGACCGGAUAGAAGUGGUGAACUACCUCGUACCCUCAGCAGUGUAUGAUAUAGUGAAGAACUUCACAGCGGAUUACGACAAGGCCCUAAUAUUCAAUAAGGUUCACCAUGAGCUCAACCAGUUCUGCAGCGUCCAUUCUCUUCAGGAGGUCUACAUCGGCUUGUUCGACCAGAUAGAUGAGAACCUGAAGCUGACCUUACAAGAGGAUCUGACCAGCAUGGCUCCUGGACUCAUCAUACAGGCGGUCCGGGUUACGAAGCCCAACAUCCCUGAGAGCAUUCGCAGGAACUAUGAGAUGAUGGAGGCUGAGAAGACAAAGCUGCUGAUUUCUGCGCAGACUCAGAAGGUGGUGGAGAAGGAAGCGGAGACAGAGCGAAAGAGGGCUGUGAUUGAGGCAGAGAAGGUGGCACAAGUGGCGGAAAUCAAGUUUAGCCAGAAAGUCAUGGAGAAAGAAACAGAGAAAACGAUCUCUGAAAUUGAAGACAGAGCUUUCCUGGCCAAGAUGAGAGCCAGGGCCGAUGCAGAGUUCUACACAGCACAAAGAGCCGCUGAGGCCAAUAAGUUGAAGCUGACGCCAGAGUACCUGCAGCUGAUGAAGUUCCAGGCCAUAGCAGCUAACAGUAAGAUCUACUUUGGCAGUGAGAUCCCCCAGAUGUUUGUUGACUCUGGUCCAGGUGCUUCUAAGGCCUCAGCUGCCAUGGACGUCCUAGCUGAACAGAUCCUGGACCUGGACUGAUGGAGGAAUGGAGAGGAGAGACCCAUUCUAGGGCUGGAGCUGUGGAGCUGGGCCCAGGCCAGGCACAAGGUGGGGUGGUAGAGGAGCCUUGGGUUUUGUUUUUGAUUUUAUGCAUCCCAAAUGGCACCUUAUUCCCUAUAUAGUGUACUACUACUAUAGCGCACUACUACCCAUAGGGCUCUUGUCAAAUGUAGUGCACUAUAUAGGGAAUAGGGUGCCAUUUGGGAUGCAAACCUGGACCAGGAGGCUUUACUAGCUCUACAACAGACUAUCCUGAGAAGACCGUAGGCGAAACAAAGAGAUAUUGAAUGUAACAGUGUAAUGUGGUUUGUUUCUGUUGGCUGAAUUAUCACUUUUUGUUUUUGUGUUGUAUUUUUCAAAUUUCCUCUUGCACCAGGGACAUUUAAACAUUAACUGAACUUAUGCAAGUGUGUGAUGUAUGUUUUUUUCCAUUGUUACUUCAUUUGGUAGCGCUUUCUUGUAUUUUCUAAUGAUGGUCGUCUUUUAUGUGUUGCAUAGCCCAUAAUAAGUGUAUGAGAGAUGUGUACAGAGAGACAGUUGUGUGUGUGUGAGAUUCAUUAUUUUAUAACUAAAAUGUUGGGAUUACCUUGUUUCUUCAUACAGACCCCUCUCCCAUAAGAAUUGUCUUACUAUCUUGCCAGGCUCUUAUCACAACAACAGAUGUAACAGAUCUUGACUAAAUGCAUAAUUAUGAAUUUUUUCUCUCAUGUACAUUAUCUCUUGUAUAGAGUUGUCACCGUGUGAUUUCUUCCCAGAAAAAACAAACAAAAGCUAAUUACUUUAUGGUAUAAUGAUCUCAAUGGGGAUGUAAUGAAAAAUACAGCAGCAGCUUUUUUAACUCUGCAUUUCACUCACUGGUGCCCUCAGUGUUGGAGACAGAGCUCAUUUGGGGUUAAUCAUUUGUAUGUUUUUCACCAGUGCUUAACUAAACUUGUUUGUGAGGCAUUUGAUUCUUGUACUGUGUAUCUAUAAAACUGUUCUCUUAAUGUAACUCUGGUUUGCUCUGCGUUAGCCGUGCGAGUGACUACCUGUAUAAACUGUUUUAGACUCGCUCAGGUUGACUUGACUGAUUAUGACUUGAAGGGAACUGUUUUUGCACUCUCACUGAUAUUAAAUUGUGAAUGAGCAAUCCAUAAUUUUGUCAUUUAUACAAUAAAAUUAGUUUUCCUUUGUA